CCAAACUUGCUGUAUCAUUCAUGCUUCCUGGCUUCACUCACAUGCACAGAGAAGGAAGAGUUAGAGUCUUAGCCACACAUGAAGGAGCUCCGGCUAUUUUAAACCACACUGGACUAGACUCGGGAUAUCUUUAUACCUCUUACAGAUUAUAUUUACGAAACAGGGGCAGAGAAAAGUCUGAGUUAACUUUCUUGUCUUUGGAGUUUUUUUAAAUCCAUCUGCAGGUUAAGGCGUGUGAGAGACUGAGGAAGCGUUUGAGUGAGUCUGUAUGAGUGUGUGAGAGAGACAGAGCGAGAACAAGCAGCAGAAUGAUUGCGGCUCAGCUACUAGCCUAUUACUUCACUGAGCUCAAGGAUGACCAGGUUAAAAAGAUCGAUAAGUACCUGUACUCCAUGCGUUUCUCUGAUGAGACGUUACUGGACAUCACGCAGCGAUUUCGCAAGGAGCUGGUCACAGGACUGGGUCGGGAUACUAACGCCACUGCUACACUGAAGAUGCUGCCAACAUUUGUACGCUCAAUCCCCGAUGGAUCAGAGAAAGGAGACUUCAUUGCACUCGAUUUGGGAGGCAGCAACUUCAGAAUCCUCCGCGUCAAAGUGAGCCAUGAGAAGAAACAGACUGUGCAGAUGGAGAGUGAAAUCUACGACACGCCCGAGGAUAUUAUUCACGGCACUGGAGCGAGACUGUUUGACCAUGUGGCAGAGUGUCUUGGUAACUUCAUGGAAAAACACAACAUCAAAGACAAGAAACUUCCAGUUGGUUUCACCUUCUCCUUCCCCUGCCAGCAGACCAAACUGGAUGAGGGCUUUCUGAUAACAUGGACUAAGCGUUUCAAGGCCAGUGGAGUGGAGGGGAUGGAUGUUGUCCAGCUGCUUAACAAAGCCAUCAAGAAACGAGGGGACUAUGAGGCUGACAUUAUGGCAGUCGUAAAUGACACUGUGGGAACAAUGAUGACCUGCGGCUUUGAUGACCAGCGCUGUGAAGUCGGCAUUAUUAUCGGUACAGGUACUAAUGCAUGCUACAUGGAGGAGCGGCGUCACAUUGACCUGGUGGAGGGAGACGAGGGCAGGAUGUGCGUGAACACUGAGUGGGGAGCCUUCGGGGACGACGGCAGGCUGGAAGACAUCAGGACUGAGUUUGACAGGGAGAUAGACAGAGGCUCUCUCAACCCGGGCAGCCAGCUAUUUGAGAAGAUGGUCAGUGGAAUGUACAUGGGGGAGCUGGUUCGCCUCAUCCUGGUGAAGAUGGCCAGAGAAGGCUUGCUGUUUGAAGGAAGGAUCACCCCCGAGCUGCUCACUAAAGGAAAGAUCGAGACCAAGCACGUCUCAGCCAUAGAGAAGAGCAAGGAAGGGUUGAUCAAGGCGAGAGAGAUUUUGAACAAACUGGGUUUGGAGCCAUCAGCGGACGACUGCAUUGCUGUGCAGCAUGUUUGUGCCAUUGUGUCUUUCCGCUCCGCCAGCCUUGUAGCUGCGACUCUGGCCGGCAUCCUGAUGAGGCUGAAGGAGAACAAAGGAGCGUCACGUCUCCGAACCACUGUAGGCAUCGAUGGGUCUCUCUACAAGAUGCACCCACAAUAUGCCCGUCGUCUUCACAAGACAGUCAGACGUUUGGUCCCGGACUGCGAUGUUCGAUUCCUCCUCUCGGAGAGCGGCAGUGGAAAGGGUGCUGCCAUGGUGACCGCUGUGGCCUACAGACUCGCUGAACAAUCGCGACAAAUCGCCCAAAUACUGUCCGAGUUUUCCCUGACGACUGAACAGCUGCUGGAGGUGAAGCAGAGAAUGAAGAUAGAGAUCCAAAAUGGCCUUUCUGAAAGCACACAGGACAUUGCCACAGUCAAAAUGCUGCCAACCUUUGUGCAAAGCACUCCUGACGGCACAGAACAUGGUGAUUUCCUGGCUUUAGAUUUAGGAGGAACCAACUUCAGAGUUCUGUUGGUUAAAAUUCGCUCUGGGAAGAGGAGAUCAGUGGAGAUGCACAACAAGAUCUACGCUAUUCCUCUCGAAGUGAUGCAGGGCACAGGGGAGGAGUUGUUCGAUCACAUCGUGCACUGUAUCAGUGACUUCCUGGACUACAUGGGGAUGAAGAAUGCCCGUCUUCCUCUGGGCUUCACCUUCUCCUUCCCCUGCCGACAGACCAGCCUGGACGCUGGCAUCUUGGUGACAUGGACCAAAGGCUUCAAGGCGACAGACUGCGAAGGGGAAGAUGUGGUGGGACUGUUGAGGGACGCCAUUAAGAGGAGAGAGGAAUUUGAUCUGGACGUGGUUGCUGUAGUGAAUGAUACAGUGGGAACCAUGAUGACCUGUGCCUAUGAAGAACCCACCUGUGAAGUUGGUCUUAUCGCCGGUACUGGCAGUAAUGCGUGUUACAUGGAAGAGAUGAAGAACGUUGAGAUGAUUGAGGGCGAUGAGGGACAGAUGUGUGUCAACAUGGAGUGGGGAGCUUUUGGAGACAACGGAUGCCUGGACGACAUCAGGACAGAGUACGACCGUUCUGUGGACGACUUCUCCCUAAACCCGGGGAAACAAAGAUAUGAGAAAAUGAUCAGCGGCAUGUACCUCGGUGAAAUCGUGCGGAACAUCCUCAUCGACAUGACCAAAAAAGGAUUCCUGUUCAGAGGACAGAUUUCUGAAACACUAAAGACCAGAAGCAUCUUUGAAACAAAGUUCCUGUCACAGAUAGAAAGUGACAGAUUGGCUUUGCUGCAGGUGCGAUCAAUCCUGCAACACUUGGGCCUGGACAGCACCUGUGAUGACAGUAUCAUAGUCAAAGAGGUUUGUGGAACAGUGUCACGUCGUGCAGCUCAGCUAUGUGGCGCAGGAAUGGCGGCAGUGGUCGAUAAGAUUAGAGAGAACCGUGGACUGGACCAUUUGGACGUCACCGUAGGGGUAGACGGGACCCUGUACAAAUUACAUCCACACUUCUCCCUGAUCAUGCACCAGACGGUUAAAGAACUGGCUCCAAACUGUAAUGUCAAGUUCUUGCUGUCAGAGGAUGGAAGUGGAAAAGGAGCUGCACUCAUCACAGCCGUGGGCUGCCGGCUAAGACAGGAGCUGAACAGCAAAUAGAACAUUUUCUGCAUCUCACUGUUAACUCAUCCCCUCUCCUGCCCCAGUUCUCAACCAUUGUCUCCUUUCCUCCUAAAUCAAACAAGACCAGUCGACAUAUCACGCUCCGGUAGCUGCUUUAGUCCGUCUACGUGAGGCAGAGAAAAGGAGAGGUUUUCUCUCUGUUGUGGUUAGAUUUAUUAACAGCACCCAGUCUCUUAAGGAUAUUGCAAGUUUGCAAUUUCUGUGGAUAAAACACGCACAAGUAACCCUUUGUCUUUUUUUUUAAUGCAGGACAGUCGCAUGCCUGUAAACCCCCUUUGUCUCCAUCUGGAGGAAUUCUCUGGUAACUGCAUUCUGUUAUAAGUUGCAGGUCAGCACACCAGUUGCAGAGAAACAUCGCAGAUUGAUUCUUUUAACUUGUUCAGUAGAAACAAAAACAUAAAAACGCUCUUUUAGACCAAAGUCUGUGUGUCUGCUGUAGAUUACGCGCGUAUGUACAGGAAAGCAUGAAAGGGAUGCGAUAUAUAAAUGUGUACUGAGAUGAAAGGGAAUCUUUUUUUUCUCUUCUUUUCUUUUCUUUAUUUUAUUUUAUUUUAUUGCUUUUUUUUGGUAUUUGAUAUCUUACCCACAUAUAAAACAAUGUUAUAAAUACAUUGUUGUUAUUUAUUGUAUUUUUAUAUAUCGGGAGAUGUUGAAGAAAAAUGUUACUGUUGCAAAAUAUGAUGCACACAUAAGAAGCCAGCGAAGAAGUUCCCUCACAUGGUACCUGUCCUGUAUUUAUGUGCUCAAGCAUGACAGAAGAGGGACUUCUGCAGUGGCAGAUUUAGAGAACCAAGUGAUGCUCAAAGUCAACGCCCACACGUCUUUUAGCAUUUAAAGUUCAUUCCAUCCUGUUCUUUGUUCUGUUUAUGUUUCCUAAAAACAUUUCUCCUCUGGUCCUCUCCGGCCCACCUGCAGUUGCUCCCUGCUCCACGGUUUGAGAACCACUGGUCUUAUCUAAGAGAGCAGUAUCUUUUUAUUGUCUGUAGUGUAAACUAUGUGUCCUGUUGUUGGUACCGGUCAAAGCUGCUGUUAGUGUGUUCAUUUCUUAAGAAGUCCUGGCUAACCUCAUCACCAUGAUGAUACCUUAACAGCUAUUUGAUUAUGAAACAGAAAUGUGGUGCUAACACGGAUGCCAGGGGAAUAACAACAGCAGCCAUAGUGUGUAUAAACUCACAUGAACAUUACAGAACUUUUAAAAGAGUUUUAAAAUGUUGGCCAAUAAUAAAAGCACGUACUCUACUCGCCCCUUUAAUAUCACCAUGUGCUCCUAAAAGCUCAGGAGGAAAGCUAAGGUAACUACUGUCAGGCUCAUUCAUGUAGCAUAACUUAUGCAAAUUGAUAUUUAUUUUCAUUGUGUUAAAAGCAAAAGGGGAAAAAAAAGUCUCAAAGUUACGACGGCUUAGAUUCAUUAUGAAGCAAUUAAAGAGCACAAGAAGAAAAUAUUCUAUUGUAAGAUCAGUGGUGCCCGUGGAGGACGGGAUAUGGUUGAGAUGCCACCUUUUUAAAUAUUCAAAUGAAUACCAGCUGAGCUAAAAGAAUGUCCUUUCCUACCUUUUAGUCAUAUUGUAUGAUUAAAGAAGUCAGGUAGCUCCUUUACUCUGCCUUCAGAUUGACCCCAGAAUGUCCAGUCGCACACAAACGCUUGAAUCUGUGUGAUUCUGCUAAUAAAGGAUGUAUCUGUCCCACAUCGCCAAUCAGUCACUUAAUAAAGUCAAACCUGUGUAAACAUGA